UUCACAAAACAGACGAAGAACCCACAGUGACGACAAGAUCAACAGGAAGUUCUGACCAGCUUUGUUUAUGAACUUCUCGCUCAAUUCUUAUUUUGGAAGUCAAUAAAGUUUUAUGUGCGUUUUGUAACAUGAUUUCUGCUACAAGAUAAUAAAAUAUGAUCGUGCGUUGACUUUGUAAUGGACGCGAUCGCGAGCGGCUCUUGAAUGCAGUGAUGUUUGUGGGGUUGGGAGGAAUCAGCUGACUGUUUGACGCGCUAACGACACUCAUGAUUCAUCGAGAUCUCAGUCGUGUUUAUACGAAUCAUAUGCAUCUAAACCAAGCCACAGGAGUAGAACUGCCAAGAACUUAAUUCGGCGUUUCUCUGUGUCAAACUCAAUCGGAGUGUAAUGUAAGAGUUCGGUGGCAGCGGGAAAGAUGCCGUGCACAUGCGGGAACUGGAGGAGGUGGAUCCGGCCUCUGGUGGUGCUGCUGUACAUUCUGCUGCUCCUGGUUGUCCUUCCACUCUGUAUAUGGGAACUUCAGAAAUCAGGGGUUAGUACUCCUAAUAAGGCAUGGUUCAUCGCCGGGAUAUUUGUGUUCAUGACUAUACCCAUCUCACUGUGGGGGAUUUUGCAGCAUCUAGUACACUACACCCAACCUGAGCUACAAAAACCUAUUAUCAGAAUAUUAUGGAUGGUUCCUAUAUACAGCCUAGAUAGUUGGAUUGCAUUGAAGUAUCCCAACAUUGCCAUCUAUGUAGACACAUGUAGAGAGUGCUAUGAGGCCUAUGUCAUCUACAACUUCAUGAUCUUCCUUCUCAACUUUUUGGGAAACCAGUAUCCCAGUCUGGUGCUGAUGCUGGAGGUGCAGGAGCAACAAAAGCAUCUCCCCCCUCUUUGCUGUUGCCCUCCGUGGCCCAUGGGAGAAGUGCUUUUGCUGAGAUGUAAACUGGGGGUUCUGCAGUACACAGUUGUGAGACCUGUCACCACAGUCAUUGCUUUGAUUUGUCAGCUUUGUGGGGUCUAUGAUGAAGGUAACUUCAGUUCAAAAAAUGCCUGGACGUAUCUGGUUAUCGUCAACAAUCUCUCUCAGCUUUUUGCCAUGUACUGUCUUGUGCUGUUCUACAAGGCUCUGAGAGAAGAGCUGAGUCCCAUUAAACCUGUGGGCAAAUUCCUCUGUGUCAAGCUGGUGGUUUUUGUGUCAUUCUGGCAAGCUGCGGUCAUUGCACUUUUAGUGAAGGUUGGUGUGAUCUCAGACUUGCACACUUGGGACUGGGACAGCGUGGAGGCUGUAGCCACUGGAUUACAGGACUUCAUCAUCUGUGUGGAAAUGUUUUUGGCAGCCAUUGCCCAUCACUUCAGCUUCACUUACAAGCCCUACAUACAGGAAGCAGAGGAAGGUUCUUGCUUUGAUUCCUUCCUGGCCAUGUGGGAUGUCUCAGAUAUACGGGCUGACAUCUCGGAACAAGUGCGCAAUGUCGGGAGAACUGUCAUGGGUCGGCCAAGGAAAACAUAUUUCGGUGAAGAGGUUUCCCAGGAUGAGAACACAGGACUGCUGUCAGCUGGUUCUCAGGAUCCAGGCGUUGAAUCGUCCUCCACCCCUCCAUCCCCUAAGGGCCGUUACCAGGGCAUGGGCCACACCGUAACCCCCCACUCCAUCUCUGCUCCUGCCAACCUUGGCAGCGUACCAUGGGAAGGAGAUGUGGAUGAUAUCACGCCCGCUGUGAUAUCUGGCGAUCAUACAGAUCAACAAGGCUCAGACUAUGCAGAAAUCACUUAACAUCACUGAGCUUCAGCUACCAAAUAGUUAAUGCACAUCGAUCUAAUGUGCGUUAACUACCGUUUCUAAUAUAUGCAGCCGCUGUUAACUCUGGUAACUAUUCAUACUCGUGUUUAAUAUGUGUUCAGAGAGGCUCGGUGAAGCUUUGGUAGCAAGAACACAUAUGAAGGACUUGAGUAGUGUUGUUGGUCCUCCAUUUUUAUCUCUGUUUGGCAUUGUUUUGCUGAAAACAUGACCAAAUUAUAAACUGACCUUAGAGCCAAGCACAGUAAUUCUCCAAUACCAGUUUUCAUUUUUCACAUCAUCAGAUAAUGGUUAAUUUAAGACAGCUUUAUGAAUGUUUUUAUUCUAAGAAACACUAUGUAUUGAUAAUGCUACUUCAAAAUGUCACUGACGUCCUCCUGGAUUUUAUCAAGUCAUUUUAGUUGUUUUUUUCUUUAUCAUUAUCUGUGAUACUUUCACAUUUUUAUCUGUGAAUGCAAAUACGUUUUAAGUAAUAUGGUAAGUGUUUACAUUUUUUUUUCUUCCAUGGAGCAGCACCUUGAUCAUGGUCAGUAAUAUCAAAUUGCCAGGGUGCCAUGGAGAUUUGCAACAUUUCCUCUCAGCAGAGUAUAUGCAUGUGGUAAAGCAACUACAGUUUGAACAUUGGCUCAAAAGCACAAAAUACUGAAGCACCCAUAUUUCUGCUUAAUUCGCUUCAGAGCUUUGCAACCUCUCCUGGACUGCUUGCCUUCAGAACAGCUUCAUGUAAUUGUCAACACAUAAAAAACACUGUUAGUGGUCUUUCUUUUGUCCUUCUCAAAAAGCAUUUGUGUCUUUAUUUUUGGUUAUUUUAAUGAUUAAACAAAGAAAAUUAGGUUAAAACAGUUAAUUAUUGAAAAUUGAGAAGACUUUAAGUUCACCUCGGGAAAUGAUGAAAUGUCUAAAUAUCAGCCAAAGUUGUCUUGUUGUUAAUUUUUUGUUUUGUUUUGUUAAUGAAUUCAAUGAUCUGUCAGUUUUUAACAUCAGCUGCACAUGAGAUAUAAAUAUCAGAUAUAGUAUAACAGUAAGGGCAUAUUGUUUUAUCAUUACAGAUGUGGACCUGUGGAACAUGUUCCCAUUUAUUUGUUUUUAUGAACUGUCAUGUGUCUCUCUGAUCCAUUCAGAGAGAUGCAUCUUCUGCAAUGGUUUGCACAGCUGUUGCAUUGCCUUAUCUAACAGUGGUUGUCACGAAUCAUUGAACUUCACAUGGAAAUGUGUAUUGAGUAUUUCUGUUUAAUUGUCUUCCAUCCAAGUUCAAAGGCAUAGUUUACCCAGAAGUCAUCAUUUACUUACUCUCAUGCCAUUCCAAAUAUGUACGACGUUACCAUUGCCUUCCACUUUACAAAGAAACAAUGCUUAUCCUCAGUCCAAUGCAGAGGAUCCAUUGCUGAGUAAGUGAUGUAAUGAUACAUUUCUCUAAAUUUGU